GUCCGAACGGUGACGUUAUGAUAUACCAUAGCUCCCCAGAGACUUUGGGUAUUCCACGUGGCCUGUGCCCGACGUCGCAACGACUUUCUCUUUCUCGCCAUGCAGAAAGCGUCACUAGCUUCGACGGAGAGAACAGAAACUGCGAUCUACCUAUGUCCCAACCAAAAUCUCGCCGACGCUCUGUUUAUUCGCCACAGGAACGUGGCGAGAUAGUGGAGACCAGAAAACCCAUCCCAGAAGUACUCCAAUCACGCCGUUACGCAACCGACUUCGGUCUUGGAAGAUACGACGUGCAACCAUCACCCCUACCUCCCGUGCCCCCACCAUAUCUGCCACGAAGCUCUUCCACACACCGUGGUGACUCUAAUGUCUCAAGUACUGGGUCAACACCCUCAUCGCAAGACCCCGAAACUGACAGUUCUUUGUCGCUCUACGAAGAUUUUUCUCUAGAGUUCCCCCAACCGCCGCCCAUAAGAAGCCCAGUUCUAAGGCGGAUGAAAAGUUCGCCGUGGCUAACGGGUCAAAGAACCAAAGCUGUUGAAAAACAUCCUAUUCAGCAGAGUGCAAAUAUACGAUUGACCUCAUCAGUUCAGCGUAACUCUCAGCCAUGUUUCUCGCCAUCAACUUCUGACUUGAAGUACGCAUUCAUCGUGGAUUUUGAGGAGAUGGCAGAAGGACAAAUUCACAAUCCAGACCACAAAGAUUUGGAUCUAGAAAUGGUUGGCGAGGCGUUGGUCGGCUUGGAAAUGAAUAGCUUUGUUUCGGAGAGUUCAAUUCAGGGCAUUUCAGACGAGGUAGGAAACAGCACAAUCGCUGGCACGGUCAUUUCGGCGGGAGCAGAGCUACUGCGCUGGUCAACAUUGCACCGUGUCACGCCACCGCUGGCGACGCGAACAUCCAUUUCUCCAGUUAACCGACCAUUGACGAAUUCACAGGAUGAAAACACUCAAGUAUCGGAUAACAGUGAUCCCCGAAGUCGACCGCCCCAGACCAUUCGCAAGGUCGCAAGCAUGAGAGAACAAUCGAAGGACAGCGAACUCACAACUAUCAUUGCCCAUAGACCUCUGCCGAAAAUAAAGUCACUGAGAUUCAUUCCUCCUCCGCAUUGGGACCAUACACCUACAUCAGCAUCCAAUAAGGAAGCCAAGUGUGGUACAGCUCUCGCGAGGCCACCGCCUGGCGCCAACCGACGUGGAACAUUGAACGGCGCAGAAGCUGAAAGGUCUCUCCCGAAGACUCCGUAUCCCUCUUCGACAAUCAACGGAGCGACCCAGAAGCUAUCUCAUCGUCAGCACCAAUCUGUUCCCCUUGCCGGCUUAGGUUUUUCAGAUGCUGCUCUUUUCAAGUGUCAGGCUUCCAGACCUCAGCCACUGGCAGCCCCGUUCUCGUAUCGCCCAUCUCUUAGCGUUACAACGCAAGGGUACAAGGAGGGUGCACUUCCAACACCAAAGUCAUUCAUUGACAUAACGCCUGAACGAGCGACUGCCCCUGUUGCCCUCAGAAAAGAAAGGGUCAAAAGGUUUAUCGCCAGGGCAAGUAAUGGUGUUAAAAACUGGAGUCGACAAUUCGCCAAAAAAACACAAUCUUCGGGGUGA